AUGAAGGUCUUCGUGUUCCUCUCCCUCGUCGCCAUUGCCCGCGCUGGCUACCUUGGUGCCCCAGCCGCCGUGGUUGCUGCUGAGGCUGGUCAUUCCAACAGCCACCGCUCUCAGGACCUCGCUGGCAACUACAACUUCGGCUACAACGAAGCACACACCACAGGUGGCUCUUUCCGCCACGAAUCUGGUGACGCUUUCGGCAACAAGGUCGGCUCCUACGGUCUCACCGACGCUGAUGGUCGCGUCCGCGUUGUGAAGUACGUCGCCGAUGGUCUUGGCUUCCGUGCUUCCGUUGCCACCAACGAGCCAGGAACUGCACCAUCCACUCCAGCUGCCGCUGGCUACAACGCCCCAGUCGUUGCCCCAGCUGCCCCAGUUGCUGUUGCCGCUGCUCCAGUGGCUGCCGUCGCCACCGCCCCAGUGGCUGCUUACGCUGCUGCCCCAGUCACUGCCUACGCUGCCCCAGUCGCUGCUUACGCUGCCCCAGUCGCUGCUGCUCACGUCUACGGCCCAGCUGCCUAUGCCGCCCCAGCUGUGUACGGCAAGGCACUUGCCCACGGCGCUGCCUACGGUCUCGGCUACGGCGUUCAUGCCAAGUACCCUGAUUUUCUACACGUACAGGUCUUCGUCUUCCUCGCCCUCGUCGCCGUUGCCCGCGCUGGCUAUCUUGGCGCCCCAGCCGCCGCCGUUGUUGCUGCUGAAACCGGCCACUCCAACAGCCACCGUGCUCAGGAUCUCGCUGGCAACUACAACUUCGGCUACAACGAGGUGCACACCAGCGGUGGAUCUUCCCGCCACGAGACUGGUGACGCUUUCGGCAACAAGGUUGGCUCCUACAGUCUCCGCGACGCCGAUGGCCGCGUCCGUGUUGUGAAGUACGUCGCUGACGCCGCUGGUUUCCGUGCCUCCGUUGCCACCAACGAGCCAGGAACCGCCCCAUCCACCCCAGCUGCCGCUGGCUACAACGCCCCAGUCGUUGCCCCAGCUCCAGUCGCUGCCUACGCUGCCCCAGUUGCUGCCGUCGCCACUGCCCCAGUCGCUGCUUACGCUGCUCCAGUAGCUGCUUACGCUGCCCCAGUCGCUAGGGCUUACGCUGCCCCAGUUGCCGCUUACGCUGCCCCAGUCGCUAGGGCUUACGCUGCCCCAGUUGCCGCCGCCGCUCACGUUUACGGCCCAGCUGUUGCUGGCUACGGUGCCUACGGUGCCUACGCUGCCCCAGCCGUCUACGGCAAGGCUCUUGCUCACGGCGCUGCCUACGGCCUCGGAUACGGUGCUCACGCCAAGCACUUCUUCUAAA